CAUCAAUGACGUUGUUUCGGAAGUGGACGCAACACAACAGCAAUGGCGUGCAUGUGUUGGCGUGCUGUGGCGAGGCAUGCUGCUUGUGGUGGUGGUGGUGGUGGUGGCGGUGGAGCAUGGCGGGUGGCAACGGGUGUAGCGCGUGUGGCCUUCAGUGGAGUGGGUCGUGUUGCUGCCGCGCAUACGCAAGCAGGUCAGCGGCAGCUUCCGUCGCAAGCAUACAUGCGUGCCACAACAGCAGGCGACAUCACCAUGGACCCUGCUCAGUUGGAGGCGCUGGUGCUGUUGGACAAGCUGCACAGCGAGCUGUGCGCAUUUGACCCGUCGCCGGUACAAGCACACGACGAGCACGUCGUCCACCGCUACAAGCAGAUUAAGCAAGAGCGCAUCAAGGAAGCUGUGCGGGAACAUGAGGACACGCAACGAAAGCUGUAUGGCUUCACGGAGGAUGACAAGGCAUUUGAGCGACACGCACAGGAGUUGAAGGUCGACACGAAAGUGCUUGAGGAGGACCUGGACAAUGUCGACUUGCCGCAGCUGACAACCGCCCCUCGUGGCGUCUAUCUAUGGGGAAGCGUUGGCUGCGGCAAGAGCAUGCUGAUGGACCUCUUCUACGACACGUUGCCUGUGAAGCAGAAGCUUCGUAUUCACUUUCACAGCUUCAUGCGCGACACCCUGCAGCACCUUCACCGCCUCUCCUUCCUCUGUGAUGAAGAGCACAGGGCGAAGUACGACCACAACAUGACCCAUCUCGUGGCCAAGAACAUCGCUCGACAGGCGCGCGUGCUGUGCUUUGACGAGAUGCAAAUCCCAGACGUCGGCACCGCUGGCAUUCUCUAUCGCCUCUUCACACACCUGCACGACUAUGGCGUUGUUGUUGUCGCCACCAGCAACCGCCCGCCGUGCGACCUGUACCAGGGCCACUUCAAGGAGGCGCUCUUUGAGCCGUUUGUGCGCGUGGUGGAGGAGAAUUGCUCCGUGUUUCGCGUCGACUCGGAUGUUGACUAUCGCGAGCUCAUGCCAGAGGCCGCCGACCACCAAGGCAUGUUUGCGGACCCCAUCUUCGUUGGCGACGACGCAACAGACAUUCUGCAGGAAACAUGGGAGACACUCACCGAGGACAAGCGUGUGCGGCCUGCGUCUGUGCAUGUGUUUGGGCGCAACGUGAGCAUUCCCCACAGCACGCGUGAGGGCCACGCCUACUUUGACUUUUCCUAUCUGUGCGGCUCUGCGCUCGGCCCAGCCGACUAUCUUGCCAUCGCCCGUCAGUUCCACUCCGUCUUCCUUGCAGGCAUUCCAAAGCUGCGCAUGUCGUCGCGGAACGAGGCGCGGCGGUUCAUCACACUCAUCGAUGCGCUGUACGAGUGCCGCACGAAACUCUUCGCCGCCGUCGAACUCCCCAUCGAUCGCCUCUUCCUUGAGGUGGACGACACGGAUCACGACCGGUUUGAGAUUAUGCAUGGUGACAUGCUUGGCGAGAUGAUGUAUGACUUGGGGCGCGAUGGACCAGAUGUGUACAAGAACAUGCUGUUUACGGGCGAGGAGGAGCUGUUUGCAUCAAAGCGGUGCAUCUCGCGCCUGAAUGAAAUGCGAAGCCCAAGCUACCUAUCGCAGCCACACCAGCCUGGACUGGGCAUGGUUGGCAUCGACGCUGCGUUCCUUGAGCUGGGCAGCAACACGGGUGUCUUUGACGUGGAGAACGCUGCUCCCUCGGCCUCGGCCACGGCGGCCGCAAGGGACUGGCUCUCCAAACGCGACGCGCGCGCCAAACCCAAGUUUACCGACAAGCACUUCUGGGGCUUUGGAUGGUGGGAGUCGUUGCUCGGACGGAAACGAAAGGGAAGGUGAUCGCGCCUGGGACGGGCACAUAGUCAACAGGGUUCUCAUCGCAUCGCUACCGCAAGUUUGCAGUUUGAACUGGUGAUGUGAUGCCACUAAGUUUCAUUGAUCGAGGAAGGAGAGCGGGGAUGGGAAGGUGUAGGAGGGGUGUCAUUGCCUUCGUGUCGUAUUUCACAAACAUACACAACCGUGCAACCAUUAAACGCUUUGAGGCA